AUGCGGGCGGGGUGGGCGCUGCUCCUCGGGCUGAGCGUCUGCCUGAGCGGCCACACCUGCCGCGGCUUCCCCAACAAGCUGCCCGAGCACAGCGACCCCCCGCCGGACCCGCUGCUGGACUACGACCGGCUGGACGAGGAGUUCGCCGCGCGGAACGGGACGGGCUGCGGGCCGUGCGAGCCCGAGCUGUGCCCCGCGGCCCGGGGCUGCCGGGCCGGCCUGGUGCUGGACGCCUGCGGCUGCUGCAAGGAGUGCGGCAACCUGGAGGGCCAGGCCUGCGACCCGGGGGAACGGAGCGUCUUCUACGGGCUCUGCGGGACCGGGAUGCGGUGCAUGGCGGACCCCCGUCCCGCAGCAGGAGCGGGGCGCCUGCAGGAGGAGGAUGAGGAGGAGGAGGAGGAGGGGGGGGAGGUGUGUGUGUGUGAGGAGCAGCAGCCCGUCUGCGGCAGCGACGCCACCACGUACAUGAACAUGUGCCAGUUCAGAGAGGCGUCAUUCUCCAGACCACAGCUGAAGACCAGGGGCAAGGGGCCCUGCAAGACAGUUCCCAUCAUCAAGGUGCGCCCUCAGAGCCAGGUGAACGGGACGGGCAGCAGCCUGGUCUUCCUGUGUGAGGUCUUUGCGUUCCCCAUGGCGCUGGUGGAGUGGAGGAAGGAGGGCCAGGACGUCAUCCUGCCGGGGGACGACCCGCACAUCUCCGUCCAGUCCAGAGGCGGUCCUCUCAAGUUCGAGCUCUCCAGUUGGCUGCAGAUUGAGGGGGCGGGGCCAGAGGACUCGGGAACCUAUCGCUGCAUCGCUCGUAACAACCUGGGCUCCGUCUCCGCCUCCGCCGUGCUGGGAAUCCUGGGAGCAGAGGAGCUGUCUUCCUACCUGGCUGACAGCGUGUCAGAGAUGAAGGAGCUCAUGGAGCCCAGAGAGUACGACCAGGAUUACUACUGAGCCUCAUCCUCCCACAGUCCUUUGCUUUCAUGAUGUCACAUCCCGCCCCUCCCUCCUG